CAACUUCAGUUAGCACGCGCCCGCGCACGCCACGCCGCGUCUCGCACUGUUGGAUCACAACAUAUAAUCGGUGUUCACGCGUUCUGAACAAAUUUUCACUUUCCGUUGCGUUUCUUUUGCCGUUUACUCUACCUAUCUGCUGUUAGUCAGUCUGAGUGCUUUUAAAUUGUGGUGUGAUAUAAUUUUUUGUUGUUGGAUCCUGGUGUUUUUCCGUCAUAAUGACUUCGGAGGUGAACGAGUGGUACAAAGGCCGUAGCGUCCUCGUGACCGGAGCCCUAGGGUUAAUGGGCAAGGUCUUGAUAGAGAAGCUGCUGUAUAGUGUACCGGACUUGGGCUGCGUGUACGCACUCGUGCGGUCCAAGCGCGGCAAGUCACCGGAGACACGCAUCGAAGAAAUGUGGAAACUACCAUUGUUCCAAAGAAUAAGAGAGGAGAAGCCACACGUCAUGAAGAAGCUGAUUCCUGUGACCGGCGACAUCAUGUAUGAUGAGCUUGGUAUCAGUGCUGAUCGCUUGAAUGACAUCUAUAACGAGGUAUCGAUAGUAUUUCACUUCGCGGCAAGCUUGCGGCUCGAGGCGCCCCUGAAGGAGGGUCUGGAGAUGAAUACCAAGGGAACCCUGAGGGUUCUAACCAUGGCAAAGCAGAUGAAGAAGCUCGUCGCUUUCCUACAUCUGUCUACCGCCUUCUGUUACCCUGACUAUGAAAGAAUGGCUGAAAAGGUGUUCGAUCCCCCAGCAGAUCCUCACGAAGUGCUCCGCGCGGCCAGCUGGCUAACAGAAGAGCAGUUGAACCUUCUAGCACCUUCCAUCUAUCAGAAACACCCCAACUCCUACACGUACUCCAAACGCCUGGCCGAAGCGCUGGUCAGGGAGAGCUACCCAGAACUACCUGCUGUUGUUGUCCGACCUAGCAUAGUGACUCCAUCAUACAAGGAGCCGACUCCAGGCUGGGUGGACAACCUGAAUGGCCCCAUAGGGCUCAUGGUGGGCGCGGGCAAGGGCGUCAUACGAUCCAUGCACUGCUAUGGGCAUUACCAUGCAGAGGUGAUACCAGUUGAUAUCGCCAUCAACAGCAUCGUUGUCAUUGCUUAUAAAACUGGCAAGGAUACUCAGAGGCAACCUGAGAUCCCAGUUUACAAUCUUACAACAGGUGACGACCGCAACACGACGUGGAAGCAAGUCCUGGACAUCGGCAAGGCCACAGUCCGCAAGUUCCCCUUCGAAGGGCCGCUGUGGUACCCCGACGGCAACAUCCGCCACAACAAGUUCAUUCACGACCUCUGCGUCUUCUUCUACCACAUCGUUCCGGCGUACUUUAUCGAUUUCCUGCUCUUCAUCUUUAGGCAGAGACGAUUCAUGGUGCGAAUUCAGAAUAGAAUCACUAUCGGCUUAGAGGUCCUGCAAUAUUUCACGACCCGAGAAUGGUGGUUCGACACAAACAACUUCAAGUCUUUGGUGGGGCUGCUGAACCCGGUCGAUAAAGAAACCUAUCCUAUGGACCUGACAAUCAUAGAGGAUGAACCUUAUAUAGAAAGCUGUAUGAUUGGCGGCAAACUUUACUGUCUGAAGGAGAAACUGGAGAAUUUGCCCAAAGCUAGACUACAGAAUCACAUUCUGUACAUACUAGAUCGCCUGGUAUCCCUGGUGUUCUACCUGGUACUUCUAUACUGGAUCGUGUCGUACUUCGAACCGGCCCGGGAGCUGCUGUCCUACGGCGGGCCGGCAGUAAGGUACCUACCACUCGUCGGCAAGGCAGUAUUUAGAGACGCUUAGAUUAUUUGUACUGGAUAUAUAAUUAAGUACAUAUAGGUAACUGUAAUUAUUUUGGAAGAGGUUGGUUUGUAGUAUCUGCUAGUAUUUUUUUAUUGCAGUUUUUUUUUUUAUAUGUUUAGUUGUUAGGUGCUAGUUGUUACUCUUUUUUUAGAGUACUAGUUUUUAUGUAUGUGUCCAAAAUUGUAUCCAUCAAUUAGAAACUAUACAUACAGGCACAGUGAAAUGCAAAACGACGGUAUGUACUGUUUAUGCUGUUUAUAUAUACUCAAAUGCGUUUGUCGACGAAAAAAUCAUAGCUGUAUUUUUUAUUAUAUUAUUUUAUUAUGAAUAUACAUUAUUAUUUUAUAUUAUUGAUUAUACUCGUACCAAAUAUACGUAUUAAUAUAUUUUUUUAUAUUUA